UAUUACUAUACCAGUUCAUUCCUGUUAAAGAACCCUAAAGAUCAAAAUGAGUACUAAAGAUGAUGAACAAGAACAAGACUUUAAACUCCUCAAAAUCCAGACAUGUGCACUAAGAGUCAACAUACAUUGCGAUGGAUGCAAGCACAAGGUUAAGAAACUUCUUCAAAGGAUUGAAGGUGUUUAUCAAGUUAAGAUAGAGGCAGAGCAGCAGAAGGUAACUGUUUCAGGAAGUUUAGAUUCAACUGAUUUGAUCAAGAAAUUGAUCAAAGCUGGUAAGCAUGCCCAGCUUUGGUCUUCUGAUCAAACCCAGAACCCAAAAGCUAACCUUGUGAUCAAAGAUGAUGAUAACAAGGCCUUCAACAAGAACCAGAGGAAGAGAGAAAAAGUUGAAGUUGAAGAUGAUAAUAAUGGAGAUGAAGAGGAUGAUCAUCAUCAGUUCAGGCUACUCAGGGAGAAGAUUAACCAGAUGGCCAACAAUGGUGGAAAUAGAAAAAGGGUGGCUAGUAAUGGUGGCCGUGGCUCCAAUGGAAAUGAAAAGACCAUGGGGGUGUUGAAGAUGAACAAUAAUGGAAAUAUUAGUGUUGGGGAGGGCAAAAAAGGGAAUUCAGAUGAUAUUAAUGCCAUGAUGAGUCUAGCUGGUUUCAAUGGAAAUGCAUGCUCUGCAUUGGGAAACAACAACAACUCUAAUGGGGUGGUGUACCAUCAGUCAUCAGGGAAUGGUAAUUUGACUCAAAUACCCUCAGCUGGCCAUCCAAAUGCCUGUUUUGCCACUCACCCAUAUAGGCAAAAUCAGAUUUCUCCCAACAUCCCACCAAAUACAGGCUACUUCAUGUACAAUUACGAUUGUGCCCCUCAUCCAUAUAAUCAAUAUCCAAUUUAUGGUACUGGUGAUUACCCUUCUCCACAAGUGUAUAACUACUAUGAAGAGGAUAACAAGAACACUACUGGUUGCUCUAUAAUGUAGAAAAUGAUGAGGGACAAGUUGGGGAUUUUACCAAGUGUGUUAGUUGUUGGUGUAAAAAUGUUUUUUAAGUUAUGGCUUUUGGGUAGGGGAAAAUGUCUUCUUGUAUGUCAAGAAAUGUUAAUUUAAUGGGUUGUUGU